GGCUGGAGGACAAGGUGUUCCCGGUGAUGGAGGCCCUGGGAGUGGUCACGGUGGGAGCACGAGGCCGCGAGAUGCACCCCAAGGAGGAGGAGGGGAUGCAGAGUGCACUGCGGAAGAUCCGGCGCCUACAAUGCUUGCCUGCGAGCAGGCGCAAGAAGCAGGAGCACUGCCGGGCUUUCGGGCUGUCCAAGGGGACCUACGGCUGGAUGGCCAAGACCCCGCCGAGGGCUAAGGCUGACCGGGUGACGGCGGCAAUCCGGCGGAGCGCAGGAGGAUGCCCCAUGGGAUCCAGGCAUAUUAUGAAUAUCCUGGAGGGUGGCGCGCUCGCGGCUGACGCGGUGAUUGGCUGCAGGCAGGUGGCCACAAUGCGGAGGCGGCUGCGGAGGAGAGGCAACGCCCCCUGGCACACGAGAUGGCACCGCAAGCGAAGCACCCUGGCGGGGGAGGUGCGGUGCUGGCUGCGGAAAAUGGGCUGGCAGGAGGAGGGCGCCUGGAAAUGGCGGCACCCUGGCACGGGCACAGAGCUGGACCUGCAGGAGAGGCCGGCCUGGGACGAGGUCGAAAAGGAUGUGCAUGCCCGGCAUAUGCACAAG